AUGGGCACUGUACUAUCGCUGUCCCCCGGCUCUCGGAAGUCGGGCUACUAUGACAACCGGCCGGGCUCGCUCAGCCACUACCCGAGCAUCAGCAGCCGCUCCCUCAACAGCCAGAAGGACCGCGGGCUGAAGAGGGGCCAGUCCAUCUUCCUCCCGGCGCUCACGUGGAAGCGGCUGGUAGCCUCGACGAAGAAGAAGGGCAACUCCAAGAAAGGUGUUCCAGCAGGCCUUGGGGACCCUCUUAACAACAACAACAACAUCAACAUCUACCAGAAGGACCCCCUGUUGCACCUCAACCACGAGAAUGUGAAGAAGUCGCUGUCGUGCGCCAACCUGUCCAGCUACGAGGGCCCGGCGGGACUGGGCCUGGGUCUGGGGCUCGGCUACGGCAUGGGCAUGGGCCAGGGCCAUGGGUGUGGCUACGGCAAGCCCCAACAGCUCUCCUCUGUGAAAAAGGUCCCUCAAGGGAUGUUGACCUCAUCAUCCCCAAAGCGCGUCAUCGUCCAGGCCUCCACCAGCGAGCUUCUGCGCUGCCUGGGGGAGUUCCUGUGCUGCCGGUGCUAUCGGCUGAAGCACCUGUCUCCGGCAGACCCGGUGCUGUGGCUGCGGGCCGUGGACCGCUCGCUGCUGCUGCAGGGCUGGCAGGACCAGGCCUUCGUCACACCGGCUAACGUGGUCUUCGUCUACAUGCUGUGCCGCGAUGUCGUCGACGGCGACCUGGUGGCGUCGGAACACGAGCUGCAGGCCAUCCUGCUCACCUGCCUCUACCUGUCCUACUCCUACAUGGGCAACGAGAUCUCGUACCCGCUCAAGCCCUUCCUGGUGGAGGCGGGCAAGGAGGCCUUCUGGGACCGCUGCCUCGCCAUCAUCGACGCCACCAGCGCCAAGAUGCUGCGCAUCAACGCCGACCCGCACUUUUUCACACAAAUAUUUGCCGAACUGAAGAGCGAGGGCGGCUGCGGCCCUCAGGACUACAGCCGGGUGCUGGAUCGGUGA